AUGAACCACCAACGUUAAUUUUUCUCUUUUCGGCUUUUCUCUCCUCUACUCAGGCUAAAAACGGUGUCACCUGCCCACCUGUCAAGAAUUCGGAGUUCAGUUCGGCUCUUCAACACGCUUUGUUGUACUUUACGAAUUCUGCCAAAGUCUGGGAUGGAUCCUCUUCACCGUAUGGUAUUGCAGAAGAACUGGACCUACCUUUUAGAUUCCUUGAAGAGUGACGAUGUCAUCCCUUAUCUCAUUCAAGAAUUAGUCCUGGAUUUUGACAUGGUGGAAGAAAUUGAAGCUGCAGAAACCAACAAGCAAAAGACGAGGCGACUAAUGACCAAACUGAUGCGGAGAGGGCCGACAGCCUACCAGGCUUUCAGGGAAUCGCUGCAGCAAUACGAUGUGUAUGAUCACCUGGUACAAAGACUUGAUUCUACUCGGAUUGAUCCAGCCCUGCUUCCUGAGCCUUCACCAAAGACAUCACAGUCAGAACAACCCGAUAUAGGGAUCACUCAAAUGGAAGAAGACACACCAAGCCAGCCGUCAACACUCUGUUCUCAGUCAUUCCAGCCACAACCAGUACAACAGUCACCACACCAGCUUCCACAACCACCACAACAGCUACCACAACCACCACACCAAUCACCAUUGCCAAUGACAACAGGAAACAGCAAUUUUAGGAUAGCAGGCAACAAUAACUUUGUCAUCAUGGGUAGCAAUAAUACCCAGGUGUAUUACCAUUGACUGCAGGUUCAGUCAAUAACAUAAUAAUAUAGACCUGUAUUCUGAAGCCUAGUGUAAUGUAGACCAUGGUCUAACUCUGUGCUAAAAAAGUAUGGGAAGCCAAAAAAAAAUCCAUUGCAUUACAUGAUUCUUAUCUUUGUAUCAGAAUUGGCUUUCCAUAUAGACAAAUUUAAAAUAUUAAACUAAGCUUCAGAAUAAGAGUCAUAGCCCAUAGUAUUCAGUCAGUCAGCAAGCCCUCAAAAAGUAGCUUCUUUUAUCCAAGUGAUAUUCAUGACUAGAGGGUUUUGCAUUGUUAAUGAGCUUGGUGCAGACAAAAACACCUCUUUUUAUUCGACCAUUGCUGCUCUAAAUAUUGACAAAAUUUCAUAUUUUGGUAUCUUUAUAAAGAAGAAAUAUCAUUAUUUCAGGUUGUGUGUCUGGAUUUAAAAAAAGAUUUUGUAACAUAGGUGAAACUUUUGAUCUAAAACAUGAAACAAAAUAAUUAUUUUCAUACAACAAAACUUGUUGCUUUUACACCUAAUUUCUGGUUGGGUCCAAAUAAUUUUUAGAUUAUGAUAAAGCUGUAGAUCUAAGCUUUAAUAUGAUAUAAUUUUUAUAAGAAGAGGUAUCUUAAAUGGGUCAGCAGCCAGCUUUUCAUAGGCCAAGUACAUUUAGCAGUUUAAAAACAAGAAUACUGCGCUCUGAUUGGUCAUAGAGACUACACACCCACGCAAAUUCCAAUGUUCCCACACUGGGCCUCUGCACGGUCACACUCACCAUGUGGUAAUCUCUUCAAAUUACCUGCGCCUGUUGUUUUGAAAACACUAUUCAACCAAUCAGAACUCUGGAUUUUAUGCUAUUCAGAAAUCUCGUCUUGCGUUUUGGUGGAAAAAGCUGGCUGCUGACCCAUCUAAAAGGUGCCACAUAUCAAGAGUGACAUUGUAAGAAAGUAUAGAGUUUGAGCUUUCUGAUGAUAUAAAUAAUGUUUGUGCCUAAAACACAAAAUCUUGCACAAUUUGCAAGAGAAAAAAGAGGAAGAAAAUUUUGUUUGAGGCAUCUUUUCAUGCUUAAAAUUCACUUAUUUAUCAAAAUAUUUUAUUCAAAAGAAAUGAUCAAUGUAAAAGAGUAACGUUUAUUCUUUCAUAUGGUACAAAAAUAAUCAAUUUCACUCUAGGAGAAAGUGGUUAAAUUCUUUGAGAAACAAAGUCUCACAAUUUAGGAGAUUUUGAAGGGACAUGAAUUAAGCCACGAGAGGACUUGGAUAAAUCUUGCUCAUUAAAACAGGGGCUUGCAGACUGACUGUAUUGGCCCACACAUACAUUGAAUAUUAGUAUGAAUAUCCAUUUAUUUAAAUGAACUGUACUGUAGCAUUUACAGGGGCCGCGGAAGCGGGGGGCUGGGGGUGCUUUAGCCCCCCACUUUUUUCCAUAACUGUACAAAAACGUAAAAAUGACCAUAAGAUUGGGAUUUUUUGCAUGGUCAGCCCCCCCCCCCCCACUUUGAAGCCCGUUCCGCGGCCCCUGAUUUAAUUAUUUCUUUUAUAUCUUGAUAUUUUUAUCACAAGUAGAUUUGUUGUAGAUUGUGCUUCUCAUUUUAGAAUUCUUGUGCACUAUUUAUAGAGAUUCUAGGAAGUAGUGCAUUUUUCCAUACAGUGGUGCUAAAAAGUUGGUGAGCCUCACCAGAAAAUGCGCUUCUUCAUGCUGAGUGUUGAACGUAGACAACAACACUACAAUGUUUGGCUAGCCCAGAGCAACACGCUACAAUGUUUGGCCAACCCAGAGAAACAAUUUAUACUGAAUAUAAUAUUUUAUCACACGACUUCACAAUUAAAUAUCUAAAACAUGGCAGAAUUUGAACACUUUUUAAAUAUGUUCAUUUUCUGGUAGGGUUCUAUAACAUUUUAACACCACUGUACAAGAUGGCUACCACAACCACAGGAUAACCCAAGGUCAUACCACCUCAGAUGUGGUAGGUCCAUUGAUUAUGGAAUGAUAACUUGUGUAAGUUAUGUCAGGAAGCCUGACAAAAGUAAUGUUCAUUGUAUUUCACAUGCCUAAGUGAAUGUACAUGUACAAUUUCAAAGUGUUUUCUUUUUUCGUCCAUGGGUUUGUGUAGAUGCCGAAAUGGGACGAUCAUUUGACGAAAGAAUACAGAGGGAAUUCUUGUUGAAACUUGAAAGACAAUUUUUUUGAGGUAGGACUUUUUAAAGGUGCCUUUAUAGUGGCAGAUGUUUGGAGGUGCUUUUGAUUGUGAUUGACUUCUUUAUUUAGGACAGGAUAAUUAUUGGGAAAAAAUAGUUUAUCCUAUGUCCCAUGAUUGGUCGAAACUAUGAACGGAGUACUAAAUGAUGUCACAAUCAUUUCAUUUGUUUGAUUUCAGCUUUUUUUUAUCAGUAUCUUUGUUGAGCUUGGUGAAAAAUAUUGACCACCCGAAUUUGGUGGGAAUUAGUCUAUGGGAGAUCAAGAGGUGGCCUUCUGAAUACCUACUUAUCCCCAUUGAAAUAAGUGUAAGUUGGCCUGGUUCUAAAUAUUUAUGAAUCAGGGGUGGUAUUCGGAAAAAGUUCUUAUAUCUAUUCUUAUCUUUUAUCUUAUCUCACUGAGAUCUAGGAAGAUGCAAUAAUCAUUGCAAAUCGGUAUUCUGACAAUCUUCUUAAAUCGUUCUUAUCUCUGUAAGGACUGCCCCCUCCUGAGCUUCAACUCGCUCAUAUUUUAGAUAUUACCAAUCAAAAUACACUUUAUACUGGCAGUUUAACCAAUAGAAGCUUUCCUUAUGUCAAGAAAAUAUUAUGCGCAGUGUUUAUAUACUAAUUACUUGCAUAAUUACAUGUACAUAAUUGCGUGAAAUUCAGAAUACCACAUGCACAUUAUGUUUUAUGUUUAGCGCACAUUGGUAUUGUUAUGCGCAAGUUAUAUAAAUUUACGCGCUAGGCAUAAGAGAGAAAAGAUAGGAAGAAGAUAAGGACGUUUUCAGAAUACCAAUUUGAGAUUGUGACAUAGGUAGCUUUUUACACUGAUUUCAAUCAGGGUCUAUUGGGUAUUCAUUAAGCCACCUUGAACCGAUUCACGGCAAGUCUGGUGUGUUGAGAUUUUGCUCUACC